AUGAACAGCGCCGACCUGAGCAUUCUCCGGAUAUUCAAACGUAUGCAGCCUCUCAAUCCAUUUUGGUCUUUUCGUCGACGGCUUUGUAUGACUCUAUCCCUUAUAAAUCAGACACGUCAAACUUUAGCUGCAGCUAGUCAUAGAGCUACUAAAACACGCAUGGAGAUCCGCGAGCAAGACUUUUCUUUCAAUGAUGACACUCGACAGCGGCCACUUAUUGAGGUAGUAACAAAAGACGUGAGGACGGCGGACAUUUUCAACAUCAUGGAAGCAGUAAGAGGUGAAGAAGAGGUUUUUGGGGAGGAAGUUGCGUCGUGGUGGAAGGAUGCAGUCACAGAAGAAUUCUCAAGGCAGGAUAUCGUGCUGUUGGCGUUGAUCGCAAUUUGUGCACUUCGACUGCUAUUUUUCGUGUGUCACGUGACUUGGAAAAUGAUGAGACUGAUGAUGCAAUGGUAUGAUGAGAAGGAACAUGAUGAGGAGUCCGAGGUGGAGAAUGCUGUUAUCAGCAGUGAAAACUUGAGAAAACAAUUGGCGAUUAUCCGCUUCUGCCAUCUACAGUUUUUACUGGUGGUUGAGAAGCUGCAGCGUGAGAUUCGAGAAAGCAAGAACGAUGACACACAGCAAAUGUUGGCUUCAUUGGUUGUGUCGCAGUAUAAAGACAAAAAGAAGGUAACGCUUGCAGAAAUUUUGGGCACAUUGCAAAAGAUUCAAGCGCUGGACAGCUGUUUCAAAGCGUGUAAGAUGGAAGAGCAUCUUGCAGAUAUUAAACAAGACGUAGAAGCUGACGAAGAACAACUUUCAGAAGCAUGGGAGCGAUUGCAGGAUAUCUAUGCUUCAUUUCUUCGAAUUCAAACGAGAAUCAUCCGUCGGCAAACGCGUAGGAAGAAGCGACAAUGGCGAUUGCAUCAACACGAACAGUUCCAGCAGGAAGAAACCGGACGUUGUCAACGUCGACUUUCAAGUAGCGAAGACCCUACCAAUGAGGUGCUGCAUGAUCUUCAAGCGUUAACGAGGGAGCUACCUCAAGGUUUUACAGCUGACAUGUUCACGUCACUAGGCAACGCCAUCCACAAUAAAGUGGCUUCUUCUCCCGUAAAAACGAAGGUAAAAUCUGCGUUAUAG